GGAUGCAAUUCUGGGAGAUGGUAAUACUGCAAAUAAUGGAAGUGGCCAUUCAAUUUUCAAUGAUUAGUGUUCACUUCAAUAUCUAAAAAUAGUUCAUUUUAUUGACAUAUAUUUAAUUGAUUUUUGUUUUUUGAGGUCAUUGACAGCUUUGUAGAAAUGCUUCAAAUUGAGCAACAAACAAAGAAGCCAGAAAAGAAUAAGUCAUUCUUUUUCUCAAGUCUUUAUUGGUCAUUGGUGAAAUGGGGUUAUGGAGAUUUGAGAAAUCAUUUAAUUGAUGAAGUGCUUAAGCAAGAUUUGAGUGGAUACAAAUUCCUUCACUUUUGCAUGAACUCCAAUGGGAACAAGAAUGAAGAAAAACCCUAUCACUGGACGCUGCUUGUAUUGGACACUGAAUUUGAUGAGUGGAGGCAUUACAAUUCUUUAAGGCGAAGAGACAACAAAGAAGAUCCUUACCUUAAGGAUGCAAAACAGAUAAUAACAUAUGUGGAGAACAAGUCGGCCAACAAAAGGAGGAGAGGUACAAGAAAGUUUGCAAACUUGGUUUCAGUGAAAGAUAGUCCACAAUAACGCCCAACAUCUGUUGAUUGCGGAAUUCUUAUAUGUUAUAUCAUGCGCCAAAUCAUAAGAGAUGAGCCUAUUGUAAAUUCUAUGGAAGAGAAUGAAAUUAACAAUUUCUGAGAAUCAAUAGUGCAUCAAUUUUUAAAUGAUUAUCCAAAAGCAUGGAGUGAGGAAUAAUUCAACCUUAAAAGAAAAAUAGCCAAGACAUAAGACAUCGAGGACAACGAUGUGGACAACUUUUGGGAACUACUAUGAAUGAUGUGUGUAAUUUCGGUUUUUGUAAAUGAAAGAAUGGUGAAAAAGUAAUUGUAAGCGAAAGAAUACUAAAAGAGUAUUAGAUAGUACAUGCUAUAUCUAUUGUUCUAGUAAAUUUUACUGUGGUUUGGUGUUAAUUCAUUAUUAUAGUAGGAUAUUAUUUUGACUAGGAAUGAACGUUGUUAUGGAUAGAAUACAAUGAUACAGGUUAUACUUGCGUAUCUUUGAUUAUAUAUGUAAUUGUGUUAUUAGAUUAUUUUGUACAAAGAUUGCAUGAUAAGCAACAGGGGAGU